AGCUUACAUUUAAAGUGGGGAGCAAAUCUGUGCACAUGGAGGCAGGAGGAGCAUCUUAAUCCCUUCCUUUCCACCCAGUCCACUUUAACUAGCAGAGAAGCACAAUGGGCGGAGGGCUAUUUGCCUUACUGCCAGUUCCAGAUGUCUGCCCAGGAUCUGCCCAUAUCCUCAAAGCAUGCCUAGGGAGACAAAUGGAACUGACAAUAAGACAGAUUACUCUCCUCCGUCUCUGCUAGUUAAAGAGCCUUUGUACACGAUACAUUCUACACAAGGACCCUCACGUGAAAGAUUUUGCAUGUGUUGUCCCAUUGUAGGCUACUCAUUCAAUUGCUGCAGCCAUACUUUUCUGGGAGGUACACGAGUUGGAAGUCUAUUUCUCCACUCUGGGAGGUAGGAGAGGCUUGCAUCCCAUGAUGCUUUGUGUAUUUGCCCAUGCUCAUUUUCUCUGUCUUCUACCUGAUAUUUACAGGAAACUGACACCAGGUAGAGCUCUCCCUAUCUAUCCCUUUCCCAUAUAGCCCAAAGCUAGCACCAUUUCUUGCUGCAAUACCACUGGCUGAAGGGAAACCCAAAUUAAACAAACUGGUCUGCCCUCUGCAUUUAUUAAAGCAAAUUGUUUUCAUCCAUGGCAUACUCAAGUAAUUGGCCCAUACUGGCCCACACUGGGGUGAGUGUAAAUAAAGAGCCAUACAGACUGAAAACACACAAACCGCAGUGAAUUGGGUGAAGUGGCUCCGUUCUGUGGCAAAUUAAGUACACCUGUCUUUUAGGGGAAAGGGGGGAGCCAAGGGUGAUGCUCUUGUCACCAAACCAAGCCACGUUCCUUAUGAGUACCAAUUGGCAAAUCACACACACUCUGCCUAACCUUCCUUGCAGGGUUGCUGUGAGAAUAAAAUGAGAGAGCUGAGAACAUUGUGAGCUGGUUGGGGAUGGGGUAGUGCUGAACCAACCAUGUUUUAUUUCCAUAGAGGUAGGGGUGAAGGGGCCUUUCUCGCAUCACCAAUUGUGAAGGAAGGACACUUACCCAGCCAGGAGGAAAAAAGUGUAGGGGGAGGGGGGAAGCCAGUGGUGAUGCUCUCAUCACCAAACUAAGCCCAAUUCCUCAUGAGAGCCAAUUAGCAAAUCACUGUUUGGGUACAGUUCUUCCAAAUAGAUUACAUAAUUGGAAGCAGAAGAUGGAGAAGCUCUAUUGCCUCUACUAAAACAAGUCCAGGAGCUGAUUGCAAUACAGAUCAUGAGUUGCUAAUAUCAAAAAUUAGAAUAAAGCUGAAGAGAAACAUUAAAAGAAUCAUAGUGUCAAAAUACAAUCUAAAUAAUAAUCCUGAAGAAUUUAACAACCAGGUAAGGAACAGAUUUGAUUGUCAGCCAGAAGAACUAUGGGCUGAAACCAGAGAUAUUAUCAAGGAGGAAUGUGCAAAGACUAUUCCUACAGUCAAAAGAAAGGAGAAGCCUAAAUGGAUGCCUGAGGAAACUCUUAAAAUUGCUAAAGAUGGACAAGAAGCAAAAGCAAAAGGUGACAGAAAUUGGGUCAAAAUUCUAAAUGCAGCUUUUCAGCAACUUGUAUGCAGAGACAAGGAAAUUAUUAUAACAAUCAGUACAAACAAAUAGAAGACAGCAAUAAAAAAAGGAAGAACAAGAGAUUUAUUCCAAAAGAUCUGAGAAAUCAGAGGGAAAUUCAAGCCAUAGCUUGGGCUGCUGAAAGAUCAACACGGAAAUACAGUAUCUGAUCAGGACAAAAUAAAGGAAAGAUAGAAACAAUCCACCGAAGAACCAUACAAAAGAGAUAGAAGGAUGACAGAUACUUUUGACGAAGAAUCUUUUGAUGAAGAACCAGUUGCAAGGACAACUGAAAGACCGAAAAAGAGUGAUUCUACCUGACAUCUCUCCAAGUAAGAGUAUUGUUUAUUGCUUUACAAUGGCUAAACAGCUUGAUGAGGGGUUUUUUAUUAUCCCCUGGAGAGGCGGACGCCUCAUGGACUAGGAAACUGACACUCAAGAAGUGAAGCGUUAGGAGAGGUUUCCUGGGAUGGAGAGCUGGGGAGCAAAAAAACUUUUAUAACUACAAAUAGUAAGAGUAAAGGAGCUUUUUACCAGAUUUAAAAGAUCUGUGAUUGAACAUUUGUAAGUGAGUAGACAAAAUGGCGUUUUCUGAAGAGAUACUUUUAAAGCUGCAACAAAUUUCUAAAUGGAUGGAUUGUGUAUUAAGAAAAGCAGACGAAACACUUAGAAUAAAAACAGACAUGAGCACUGUGUUAGAUGCCAAGUUAGAAGAGAAUUUUGAUGGGACAGAAUUACCUAAAAGAAAAUCGGAGUGGAACUGAAAAAUAUUCCCAACAAAAUGGAGGAGAAAAUCAGUUUUCUUCUGUGAAAGUACAGAAAGCGGAGAAGAAGUGGGAGAAGCGUGGUGAAAAGGAAGCUGUGAGGAAGAGUUUUAGCGUACUGCUUCUGUACAAAGUACAAAGCAUACAACAUACUCCAAUCAAGAAACAUAUCACAAAGAUGAAGAGAGACAAACAGGGACAUUAUAAUGUAUUUAACGGCACCUCGCAUGAAUGGCUAGAAGGCAAAAAGAGCCGGCUAUGGCUGAUCAUUGGAAAGAAAGAGUUUCAAUACUAUUCCAGAGAGAGAAAGAAGAAGAAAGAAAAUGAACCUUAAAGUGUGACUUUUGUUUUCUUUAUCUUUUCUUCCCCUCUCUCUUCUUUUCUGUUUAUAUGGCAUAGAGCUUUAAACUGAUGUGAGAUUAAAAGGGUGGGUUAAUAGGGUUCUUAGGGGCUUUUGCAAAUAAGGAUGGUAUAUGGGAUAUAUUGUGAUUAUUAUAUGCCCAUUUUCUAAAUGCUAUUUAAAUUGCUUUAACAAAAAACGUAGAGAAUCUGGGAAGAAACUAGGCUUAAUAUGCCUCCUUCUGUUUCAUGCGGUUUAAUAUAGACCUAAUACGAUCCUCUAUGCUUUUCUAACACAUUAGAUAAUGUCUAUGUUUAGUUACUGGACUAGAGGGAGUGUGGCAAAUGGGUCUUGUAGUCUUCUAUUUUCCCUCUCACCCUUUAUUUUCUUUUUUGGAUUUCUUUCAUUUAAAUAAAAGUAUAAGAAAGAUGUUGAGACAAAAUAUCUUGUAGGAUUAAUAGGGGAAACACUAGGGAGGUUGAGGGAACUUUGUAAAUUAGUCAAAUUUCAAAACUCAAAGUAUUGGUUAAGCUAAGUCUACCUAUUUACUUUCUUUUGCCUUUUGUAAUGAAAUUACAAGUACAGUUCCUCAGAUGGCUUUAGGUUUUGAUGUAUGAAAGACGGAGGGUAGGCUGUUACAAAAAUCUUUUUGUACAUUUUUCUCCUUUAAGAAACUAUUUAGUCAAUGACAUACACAAAUAAUGGAUCUAAUAAUAGAAUAUAAAGAUGUGGCUGUUUGCUUUUUUUUUUUUUAGUUCUGUCCCCAGACGGGCUAUGGGCUUAGUACCCUAGGCUUAAGAAUUAAAGGAUUGAAGUGUGUCUUAAGAAUCUGCUCACUUAGAACAUAAAUAAUUGUAAGAAAUGAGAAAAGGAAUUGAGUAGUUGGAUGAUCCCGGUGAUGCCAGGGGUGUGUGGCAUAUGCAAAUCAGUUAUGCUAAUGACACACUUCUGGUGAUCUCAAGGGGUGUGGCAUAUGCUAAUGAGUUAUGAUAAUGAGUUCCUGCAGCUCUUUUUCUAUGAAAUGACUCCUGGUAAGUUGAGUAUGUAAUAACCCUGAUUUUUCAGUAUGCAAGGAGCUGGGGAAUAUAGGCAACAAUUAGGUAUGUGCCCUCACAUCACAGGUCUAUGGGUGGGACAGAUUUUCUUUUUUUGGUUUUCUUUCCCAGCCCACCACUUGGGCUUCCUCAGUUUUUUUGAGUUUCUGUACAUAUACAUUUUGACAAUUAGUUGUAUUAUAUGGAUUAAUACAAGAAGAUAGAAGACCUCGAAGAACCUGAGAAAUAUGAUAUUGUUGAUGGUAUUAUAGCAUUAAGUAAUGAUCAUGCUGUAAAGUAAAGGGGGAAAAGAACAUAGUUUAAAUACAGGACCAGCAAUAACGCUGCGUUAUCAAUAUCUAAUGUUAAUUAUAAGUUAAGUUGAAAGUGCAUUGUAGACUCCCUACAAGUUGAGAUAAUAAACUUCAAAUAGUAUUUUUGUUUGGUUAUGUAUUGUAACUAAUUAGUUGUAUAUGGUUCUUCAAUAAAUACUUUAUUUAAAAACAUAUAAAGGUGCUCAGUACAGAAUUCUGCUGAAUGGUUGCCAGGUCCCUAUACUCUCCUGGUGGAAGGGAGGUGGACCCAGCACUUACUGGCAGGUAGAACAUCCCAGUGCUGAUGCAAUGACAUCACUUCCAGGAGAAAAUUGACCCCUGCAAAGGGUGGGAGCAUGCCCACCACCAGCACAAUGACCCUUGAGGAAGUGAUGUCAUUGCACCUUGCUGGGAGUUCACUUGCUCAAGUUGCCUGCCUGUGGCGGAUGAUCACCAGGCAGUUUGCUGUCUCCAGCCAAUCUCCAGCAAUUGGUGGGCAACAGGGCAAAUCCCCAGGGGACUGCCCACCACUGGUAGGUAACUGGGAACCCUAGGUUGCUUCCUUCAGGAAAUCCUUAGGCAAAAUAAUGCAUUUGCUCUAGGAAUUUCUCAUUGUUGUACUCAAAUCAGGAUAUAGAUUCUGUUACUUAAUGCUUUAUUUAUGAGGCUGCAUGGAUUAAUGGCAUCACCUGAAUUAUAUAUAGGAUUAGUCCAAAAGAAUUCAAGUGUUUCAUCAUCAUGUGCUUGCACAAGCCUGGGCUGAAUGAGACUCUUGCACAUAGUGCAGAUUUUGCCUAUCAGUUUCAAAUCACAUAGGUUCCAAAACAUUACAAAGCCCAGAACAAUAACUCCUGCAGAUUAAGGCUGAGAAUGUGUAGGGGGAAAUGGAAUUGUAAAUACAUCUAAUCCCUUUGUGCUCCUUCCCAGUGUGGCAAGAAAGAUGUGACAUCUCAGCAGGAUCUCUUAAAGUAAGAAGUCAAACUAAACUAGCACCAUGGCCUGGUUUUUAAAAACACUAGCCAAUGUCCCAAUAUGCAUCAGGUCUCCGGAGUACAGAUAUUGCUGAAUGCAGGGAAAUGUUUUUAUCCAGAUUCAAGUGAGAGGCAUGUCUGGAUUUGUAUCUGUUUUAUAUUUCCCAAGACUCAAGUGAAAGGUGGGUGUAUAUUUUUGUAUAGUGAGUAUUAGCUGUGGCUUCACUUUUCUGUUUAUUGGUUCCUUUACCUGCUGGUGAGAGAGGUGCUUGGUGGGAUGGAAUGGGAUGAGAUAUGGUACCAUGAUGCAUAGUGUGUGGGGUAGGGAAGAUAUAGUAGUAGGAGAACAGGCCAGGUUUGCAUGCUGUUUCCCCUUUGGGCUCUUUUUCCAGCCAAAGUGGUGUUGGUAACCAUAUCAACAACUCACCACCAUGUUUAAGACAGGCUCGACAACUUGUCCUUUACUUAUCGACCCAUGACCUUACGACAGUGAUCCAGGCAAUGGUCACCUCCAGAUUAGACUACUGCAACUCACCACCUGUUUAAGACAGGCUUGACAACUUGUCCCUUACUUACGACCCAUGACCUUACAACAGUGAUCCAGGCAACGGUCACCUCCAGAUUAGACUACUGCAACUCGCUCUACGCAGGUAUUCCCUUGGACUUGAUCCGGAAACUGCAGCUGGUUCAGAAUGCAGCUGCACGGGUGGUUGCCAGAGCACAAAUCAUGGCUCAUAUAACACCUAUCCUCCAUCAGCUGCACUGGUUACCGGUUGAGUACCGGGUCUGGUUCAAGGUUUUGGUGUUGACCUAUAAAGCCCUAUGCAGACUGGGCCCAGUAUACCUUCGGGACCGCCUCUCCCCAUAUGUUCCCCGCAGGUCGCUUCGAUCAGCCACUAAGCACUUGCUGAUGGUCCCUGGCCCCAGGGAGGUCCGCCUGGCCUCUACCAGAGCCAGGGCCUUUUCGGUCCUGGCUCUGACCUGGUGGAACUCUGUCUGAGGAAACUAGGGCCCAGCAGGAUUUGUUAUCUUUCUGCUGGGCCUGCAAGACGGAGAUGUUCCACCAGGCAUUUGGUAGGGGCUAGGCUGUCCUCUCGCCAGCCAUACCACUGAAGACCUUCUACCACCCAUGCAGGAAAAUUUUAAUAUUUUAUACCCACCAAUUUUAAUUGUUUAUGAUAUAAUGUUUUAAUGUUUUUACUGUUUUAAACGGUUGUUAAACCACCCUGAGCCUGUCUGACGGGGAGGGUGGUCUAGAAAUGUGGUGAAAUAAAAUAAAUAAAAUAAAAUGUUACAAAAUCCUGCUUCUAAAUACCAGGUCAGUCACAGGAAAAAACGUAGCUGUCUACUAUUUAACUCUGGAUGAGAGGAUUGACCUGGAACAUAUCACUGAGAGUUGCCCGAGGGAAGGGUGAGGACUUAAUCUCUUCCAGCUGCAUCCCCUGUGACACAUUGGCAUUGGUCUGGCAUGUAGGGAAGGGUUUUCACUAUAGUCUAAUAGACUCUGUCCUGCUAGCAGAGAGCCCUAUCUACGACAGUUACGGUUUUGAGGCUUUGUACCUACCUAAUGUUGGAAUCGAGAGACAAGAUCAAUUCCUCCUGCCUCAGAUGGCAUCUCUCCCUGCAAGAACAAAAUACCACAUCAAGUAUGUGAUCUGUGCAAUGUGUAAGGACCAGUUAUUACCUGAGACAGGCGCAGCUAUUUGCUGAGGCUUAAAUUUACAUGGAUACCAAGACUCUGUAAGGGCAGUGAAUCUAUUAAAAUGAUCCACCCCCACAGCCAGAUAGCUCUAGGAGAUUUUCUUUUUGAUCCCCUGUUGAUGCCCUGGUUGACCCUCUGGAAUGAGAAAACGACCCAGGUGGUUGACACAAUUGCUCCCAAGUGCCCUCUCUUGAGAGUUUGAGCCUAGAUAGCCCCUCAGUUUAUUGAUGGGCUGUGGGUGAUGAAAAGACGAGGGAGAUGGCUAAAGUGACAGUGGAAAAAAAUUCAGGACAAAUCUGAUAACAUGGGAGAACUCACUUUAAAGAAUACUUUUGAUGGUAUACCACCAUCAUUGCAUCUGCACUGUUUAGACCAGCGGAGCUGCUCUGCAUGGUCAGAGGCCAGUUGGGAUCUGGCCUGCAAGAGGACGUGGAUUGCUCAGUGGCCCACUCUAACCGUUUUGCUCAGCAUUUGCAGAUAAAUUUUGUCACAUUUGUUCCAAAUAGGACUCUACAUUAGCAGUAACAGGGUCAGAUGAUGCCAGGGUGCUGACCGGUCCAGUGUGUUGGGAUAUUUCUCAGUUGAUUUAGUCUGAGGAUGUGGACAGGAUCCUUGGGGGUUUGAGACCUACCACCAGCUUGUAUGACCCUUUCCCUUCCUGGCUACAGAAAUCUAUUGGGGGAAGAGGGUGCUAAUGCCUCCUUGAGAGACAGAGUGGGUGCUCCAGCCUUGAAAGAGACUGUGGUGCAUCCACAUCUAAAGAAGCCUACUUUGGACUCAGGAGAUCUCAAUAACUAUGAAUCAGUCUCAAAUGUUCCAUUCUUGAGUAUGGUGGUUGAACAGGUGGUGGGUGGACAACUAUGGGCAUUCCUGGAUGAGGAGAAUUAUUUAUAUCCUUUCAAAUCUCUUUUUAGGCUUAGUUAUGGGACUGAAACAGCCUUAGUUGUAUUGGGAAUGUUUGGUUAAUUCAUAUAUAGUUAGUGAUACCUUUAUGGCAGAAGCAUUUUAAAACCCAAACAUGCAUUAAUUAGUCUUCAGGCAAAAUCAUAGAAAGAUUCAACUUACAGUUUUAUUGAUGUAGAUUCCUUCCACAGCAAUAUCAUGGAGAAGAGGGAAAGAUCCUAAUCUAAAGAGUUUCAUUCCCGAAAUCUAAACCACAGCCUGAAACUAGGCAGCAAGGCUGAGAAGUGGGGAUGUGUAGACAAAGCCUCCAUGGCAGAGCACAGAGGGUUACAUCCUUCUCCCUGGAAAAACCAUGAGGCAAGAGAGAGAGAGAGAUCUCCCAAGGGGCACAGAGACAAGGAUGAGUCAGUAGGCAUUACCACCUUAGACGAGAGUAGCAGCUUGCUAGAGUUACACAUACAUACAGAGACAAGCAGUGCCCCCCAAUGUCCAAGGCAUGCCAAGUCGCCUAUUCCAAUAGGUUGCACUGGUGAAUGACCAGCACCAUAAACUGAAGGGAGGGACUGUGACUUUGUUGAUUCUUCUGGACCUCCCAGCAGCUUUUGAUACCAUUGAUCAUUAUAUCCUUUGGACUACUUUUCCUCCCUGAGAUUGGGAGGAACCGUUUUGUGUGGUUCCAGUCAUAUCCAGUGGGUAGGUUUCAGAAAGUGGUACUGCAGGACUGCUGCUUAGUCCUUUGACCUUUGGCCUGAAGGGUCCCACAAGGUUCCAUUAUGUCCUCCGUGGUUUUUAACACCGACAUGGCAUCUAUUGGUGAGGUCAUCCAGAGAUUUAGGCUGGGUUGCCAUUAUUAUGCGGGUGAUACUCUAUCUUGAGCUUCUUGCAGGGAGGCUGAAGAAACUGUGAACCAAUAUCUGGAGGAAGUUUUGGAGUGGAUGUGGGCUAAUAAACUGAAGCUUAAUCCCAACAAGAUGGAAGUGCUACUGGAGAGUGGAAGGUCUGAGCCAGGAGUUAAGAUAUCACUCAUUCUGGAUGCAGUUGCACUUCCCUUGAAGGAGUAGAUCCGUAGUCUGGGGAUGUUCGCAGACCCAGGCCUACUGCAGGAUGAGCAGGUAGCAGCUGUGGCCAGGAGUGCCUUUUACCAGUUUUGUCUAGUUAGUCAGCUGCAGCCUUUCUUGGGCAGAAAAGAUUUAGACACUGUGGUGCAUGCUGUGGUUACAUCUAGAUUAGAUUACUGCAAUGUGCUCUAUUUGGGGCUGCCAUUUCAAAGUGUUUGGAAUCUUCCAUUGGUGCAGAAUGCUGCCACCAGUAUGUUGACUGGAAUGAGUCAUAGGACUAUAUGACUCCAGUCUUGGCCCAUCUACACUGGCUCCUAGUCUGCUUCCGGGCAAAAUUUAAGGUGCUGGUACAGAUUUUUAAAGCGCUAUAUCGUUUGGGACCAACAUACCUGAAGGACCACCUACUGAGCUUAAAUUUGUGCAGAGGAAGCAGAGCCAUCCAUGCAUUGCCUCAUGCCAUACUUAAUGGAUUAGAUCCAGACUAAACUUCCCAAUAGCUGAAUGGCAUUUCUCUUCCACGCUUCCACUGGAGCUCAGAGGGAAAGGAACCCCAAGGAAUGACAUGAGCAAGGUUUGCAGCAGGAAGGGGAAAUUGGUGGAAAUUUCUAGUUUAUUUUGGAUCAUACUCAAAAUCUGAAGUGGUGGUUAGGAAGGACAUUGCUAGAUUUGUCACUCAAAUGCAUCAAAAACAGAACUAAGUCAGAUUCUACAAUUUUACAGUAAAUUCUGUAUGGUGUUCUAAAAACAUAAGUAGCGUUAAGAAAGCCAGCUCAACCUUGGUUCAAUUUUAUCUCAGUAUAAUGUAGAAGAGCAGAAAUUUCAGAAGAAAAAGAAGUUUCAUCUCCUGACACAGAAGAGCAGAAAUUUCAGAAGAAAAAGGAGUUUCAUCUCCUGGUACAGAAGAGCAGAAGUUUCAGAAGAAAAAGAAGUUUUGUCUCAUGGCACAGAAGAGCGGAAGUUUAAUCUCUUGGCACAGGUCAUCCACCAAGGUGUCCAAGGCCAUUUCAGUCCCAAGACUAGGCCUGAAAAUAGAUGGGAAUGAAUCCAAAGAAUCUGCUUCAUCCAGGAAUCCCUGAAAGUCGCCAGUCAUCACUCAUUCAAUCAAUCAGAAAGGGCAAUAGCCUGCAAAUGUCUGCUGCCCCUUCUCCUUACCUGGCUUGUUAUUCUCUCACCACUGUAUCUCCCCUUACCCAUUACCCUAUUGAUCAUGGCAUCAUCCCCAGCCCCAUUCAGUUCCUCCAAAUGCAUCCUCUGCUAACUGGUGGGACAAGGACAAGCAACCACACUUAAAGACUAUAGUCCAGAUGCCAACUCUCACCUGAAUCUGGACAGGACAAACAGUCCGAGGGGCCAGCUCCCACCUGGUUCUGGACAAAACAAAAACAUAAAGACAACCACUUGGUUGUUUCUCACCUGGUAUAACACAACAACAAAAUAGCAUACCCACCUCCCUCCUGUACAAUGAGAGAAACAGGAGAACAAAUCCCACCAGAAGGAGAAGCCCAAAAGGUGAAUUGGGAAAAACAAGAUAGAAAGGCAAGGGCAGAAAUCACCUUAUGUGAGUGUUAGUGACUUACACCACAUAAGAAACUUUAAGACUGCCAAAGAACUAUGGCUGGGACUGAAAGAGUUAUGAGAAAAAUACACUGAAUGAGAGACUGUAUUUGUCAAGAAAAUUGUUUAAUUUAAAGUUAAAUGAGGUUGGAGAUCUAGAAAAACAUAUAAGUCAAGUAACAGAAUUAAUGGAUCCCUUGAAUACCAUAGGCAAGAAAUUUGAUGAAGAGGACAAAACCAUUUUAAUUUUGUCAAGCCUGCCAGAAAGUUAUAGUUCUUUGAUACAUGCACUAGAGACUAUAGAUGAACUCUCUAUGAAAUAUGUUGUGUCAUGACUUAAAGAAGAGAAAUCUAGGAGAGCAGAGAAGGCAGCGGAGGGUGAGACAAGCAGUUUCUGCACAAAAGACUGAGUAUAAUUUUAAACAUAGAACCACUUUGCAAGGUGCAAACAAGAGAGAUAAAACUAGAAAAUGUUUUUCUUGUGAAAUAAUAGGUCAUUUUUCUCUAGACUGUAUAAUGCAAAGUGGUGUUAGCAAAGAAAAACAAGAAAGUGGAAGCAAAAGACACAUGAAAAAUGUUUUUGUGGCUCACCAGAACAAUUUAGUAAUUUCAGAGUGUGGAAAAAACAAGGAUAUUAACACUAAAUCUUUUGGUUGGAUAAUUGAUUCGGGAGCUUCUAUGCACAUGACCUGUAAGAAUUGAAUGAAACCUCAACAGAGGAUGUCAUAAUUGGCAAGUGGCAAUAAAAUAGCUGUUCAAGGAAAAGGAGAAGACUUGUUUAAAUGUGUAGCAGGAGGAAGAAUUGUCUACAAUGAUGUGAAAAAUGUGGUUUACUUGCCAGAAUUAACAGUUUGUUAAGUGUAUCUGCUUUGACUAAGCGUGAUUUUAAUAUAAAUUUUAGUCGAAGGAGAUGUACAAUCAGUAGAGAUGGUGUUCUAUAUGCUCAAGGUUUUGAAAAUAAUGAAGUUUUUGUUCUAGAUAAAGUCAAGAGAGAAUUAAUUUGGUUAAACAGAGUUCAAGCGCAAGGUGUAUUCAUUUGUGGCAUAAAAGAUUUGGUAAUAGAGACGUCAACAUAAUAGAAGAAAUGCAAAAGAAAGGUUUGGUAAGAGGAAUGGAAAUUAAACCUUGUAAAAUUGACUUGAAUAGAGAAAAAAGUGAAAAUUGUCUAUUGGGGAAGGGAACAAGACCUUCUAUGCAUAAACAAAGUCAGAGAAGUUUAACAAAACCUUUGCAACUUAUUGAUACAGGUAUUUGUGGGCCAAUUCAACCAAUGUCAUGUGGACAAAAUAAAUAAUAUAUACAUUUAUUGAUGAUUUUUCCACAAAUUUUGUAAUUUAUCUUUUGAGGGAAGACAGAAGCUGCAGAAAAAUUGAAGAACUACAUUGCAAGUGUUGAAAAUCUAUUUGGGAGAAAACCACAAGCAAUACUUUCAGACAAUGCUGAGUUCCUAAUGCGUUGAGCUAGUUGUUCUAUAGCCAUUAUGAAGAGGAACGGGGAAAGCGGACAUCCUUGCCUAACUCCUCUCUGAAUUGAGAAUUGUGAGAGGCAGAAUAUGUUGCUGCAGAAGAAGCAUGCAAAGAAGCUCAAUGGCUUAGCCAUAUUCUGGAAAAUCUGGGAGUGCCAAAUUCGGAGCCUGGUAAAAUUUUGGAAGGUAAUGGAGGGCUUCCCAAACUGGAAUGUUCUCAUUGCAUAGAUGCAAUUGAUGGCUGCCAUAUACCUCUCACAACUCCUACUGGCUGCUCAGAGAACUUCUGCGACCCUAAAAAAACUUGUUCCAUUUUGCUGGAGGGCACAGUAGAUCACAUGGAGCACUUUAUUGAUGUAGAAGCCAGCUGGAGUGGAGCUAAAAGUGCUAUUGAGAUGCUUUGGAAAUUGAAGCAGACACCGACACGAGAGAACUGGUUUGAAAAAUUGGCAAAAAGGUAUGGAACGGUCUCCUCAAUGCAGGCUGGAUGGCACAGUUAUGUCAUACUGAGUGGAUUAAAGAUAAUAAAAGAGGCACUCGGGCAGAAAAAUGAGAGAUUCUUUGAGCGACCAUCUUUUCCGCUAUUGAGUCUAGCAGGCUAUAAAAAAAAUUGUGAUGGAAUACUCAUGGCAAGGAACAUCAAUGGCUGGAAGGAGCAGAGGACGUUUUGUCUCACCACCCUGAAAAACUUUGGGAUGGGGAAGAAGACCCUUGAAAAGAGAGUGUCUGAAGAAGCUGGAUAUUUGUGCUCCGAAUUCAAAUCAAAAGAAGAUUCUCCUUUUAACCCAUUUAAUCUUGUGAACAAUGCAGUUGCCAAUAUUAUUUGCACCUUAACAUUUGGCGACCGCUUUGAGUACAAUGAUGAGACCUUCCUGAAACUAAUGCAUGGGACUGAGGAUAUCAUGAAGGCAUUAAGCAGAAACAUGGCUCAGGUUUUUGCCUCAGUAUCCUGGUUGGCCUAUAUUCCUGGACCUCACCAUAAAAUUAGAAAAAUCUAUGAUGAUAUAAGUGCCAUUUUUCAAGAGAUCGUGAAUGAACAUAAGAAAACUUGGAAUCCCACUUUCGCAAGAGAUUUCAUUGAUGUUUUUCUAGAAAAGAUAGAACAGAACAACGGGAAUCCAAAGAGCAGUUUUAAUGAACAAAACCUUAUUAAAAUUAUUUUUGACCUGUUUACGGCUGGGACUGAAACGACUGCAACCACCCUACUCUGGGGGCUGCUGAAUAUGGUCCUUCAUCCUGAGGUUCAGAAUAGAGUACACGAAGAAAUUGAAGAAGUGCUUGGCAGGGACAAACUACCCAUGAUGGAGGAUCAGCCAAACCUGCCUUAUACUAAUGCUGUGGUCCAUGAAAUGCAGCGUUAUGCUGAUAUCGCACCUAUUACACUUCCUUAUAUAACAUGUCAAGAUGUUGAAAUCAACAAGUUUGUCAUCCCUAAGAGGACUGUAGUCUUCAAUCAUUUAUCUUCUGUGCUGAAAGAUGAAACCAUGUGGGAGAAACCACACCAGUUCUACCCUGAGCACUUCCUGGAUGCAAAUGGAAAGUUCAUCAAGCGAGAGGCCUUCCUGCCUUUCUCUACAGGCCGCCAUGCCUGCCCUGGAGAACAGUUGGCUAGAAUGGAGCUCUUCAUCUUCUUCACCACCCUCCUGCAGCAUUUCACUUUCUGCGUCCCCAAGAACCAUCCCAGGCCCAAGGAAGACAGGAUCUAUGCCCUCACUGUUUCUCCACACCCUUUCCAGAUUUGUGCUAUCCCCAGAUAAUUUCUCCAGAGUACCUGCUGCAUGUUCUUUUCAGAUGUCUUAAGAAAUGAAGCUUUCCAGAAAAGAGAAAUCAGGGAAAAUAUCGGAUUUAUGUCUACCUUUCCCUGUUUUGAAAACACUGUGACCCAAAAUAAAAUUUUAU